GGCCAUCUUGGCGGCGGCCAUGAGCGGCUCCAGGGCGCGGGCGGCGGCGGCGGCGGGGCCGGACAAGAAGCCGCCGCCGGGAUCCGCGGGGCCGCUGAGCCGCCUGCGGGGCCGCCGCGGAUCGGCCGACGCGGCGCCGCGGCCGCCCUGGACCGAGUCCGAGUUGCUGGCGCUGGAGACCGUCCGGCCCGAGCACGUCCUGGGGCUGUGCCGGGUGACGGAGAAUUAUUUAUGCAAACCUGAGGACAACAUUUACAACAUUGACUUCACCAGGUUUAAGAUCCGGGACCUUGAAACUGGAACAGUGCUGUUUGAAAUUGCAAAGCCGUCUGCCUCAGAGCACGAUGAGGAGGAUGAGGAGGACAGCAGUGAACUGGACGCGAGUGCAGGUCGCUUUGUUCGGUACCAGUUCACCCCAGCGUUCCUCCGGCUUCGGACCGUUGGUGCAACAGUGGAAUUCACAGUGGGAGAAAAGCCGGUGUCAAACUUCCGAAUGAUUGAGAGGCAUUACUUCCGAGAUCGUCUGCUGAAGAACUUUGACUUUGAUUUUGGCUUCUGCAUCCCCAGUAGCAGGAACACAUGUGAACACAUCUAUGAAUUCCCUCAGCUCUCAGAAGACCUUACGCUGUCCCUGCGGUGCCGCCGCCUGCACACCGUGUACCAGAGCGCGGAGCUGCCCGAGACGCACCAGAUGCUGCGGGAGACCGUGCGGGACUUCGCUGAAAAGGAGCUGAUGCCACUGGCAGCGCAGCUGGACAAGGAGCACCGCUUCCCGGCCGAGCAGGUGAAGAAGAUGGGUAGCCUAGGGCUGCUGGCUAUGGAUGUGCCAGAGAAGUACAAAGGAGCAGGCCUGGACUACCUGGCCUAUUCCAUUGCCGUGGAGGAGAUCAGCAGGGGCUGCGCCUCCACGGGCGUCAUCGUCAGCGUCAACAACUCCCUGUAUUUAGGGCCAAUACUCAAGUUUGGCUCCGAAGAGCAGAAGCACAAGUGGAUUGCUCCCUUCACCAGUGGAGAGAAAAUUGGAUGUUUUGCCCUCAGUGAACCAGGGAAUGGCAGCGACGCGGGCGCGGCCUCCACGGUGGCGCGGCUGGACGGGGACGAGUGGGUUCUGAACGGCACCAAGGCCUGGAUCACCAACGCCUGGGACGCCUCGGCCACUGUGGUGUUUGCCACGACAGACAAAUCCCUGAAGCACAAGGGCAUUAGUGCCUUCUUGGUUCCCAUGCCAACACCUGGGCUGUCACUGGGGAAGAAAGAAGACAAGCUGGGAAUCCGAGCCUCUUCCACUGCCAACCUGAUAUUUGAGGACUGCAGGAUACCCAAGGCCAACCUCCUGGGGCAGCCGGGAAUGGGCUUCAAAAUCGCCAUGCAAACUCUGGAUGGAGGAAGGAUUGGAAUUGCCUCACAGGCUCUUGGAAUAGCACAGGCAGCUCUGGACUGUGCUGUGGAUUAUGCUGAGAAGAGAAUGGCCUUUGGGUCGCCCAUCACAAAGCUCCAGGCAGUGCAGUUCAAGCUGGCAGACAUGGCUGUGGCCUUGGAGGGCGCCCGCCUGCUGACCUGGAGAGCUGCUAUGCUGAAGGACAACGGGAAGCCCUUCACUAAGGAAGCGGCCAUGGCCAAACUGGCUGCAUCAGAAGCUGCAACGGCCAUCGCUCAUCAGGCCAUCCAGAUCCUGGGUGGGAUGGGCUACGUGACGGAGAUGCCGGCGGAGCGGCACUACCGGGACGCCCGGAUCACCGAGAUCUACGAGGGGACCAGUGAGAUCCAGAGACUGGUGAUUGCAGGCCAACUGCUCAAGGCCUACCGAGGCUGAGGCAGCCAGGAGAGCCACACACUGCCCAAGUGCCUCGUAAUGGUGCUCAACAGUGAUCAAGUUUGACCCUCUUGGAUGAGGCCAGUGAUGGAGGUUUUCCUCACCAAUGAGUAACUGACCCUCAAUGUACAAUGUACUGACUCUUCCUUGGACAGUGGCUGGACUGAGGUUUGUAAGCUGUGAGUGCAGGAGGGAGGAGACAACCUGUGCUGGUAGGGCAGUGUGGGGCUUCUCCUGGAGCAUUGGAUGGGUUUGGUAGUGCCAAAACAGCUUUGGCUGUUCAGUGAAGUCAGCAGCUCUCCUUGUGCCCUUCCCAGCCAGUGCCUGUUUUGGAAAAUUUGUUACUACCAGGCACUGGAUAAACAGUGCCAGAGUUAGAGGUGCUGAGAGCUGUGACCCCUUCACCCCAAUCCAGGCUGUAGGUCACAGUGCCUUGAAUUUCAGGUGUGUUUGGGAGCUCCUAAUUGGACACAGCCUGUGUGGAGGUAAUCCUGCAGCAGGGCACUUCUUCCCUCUACCAGCAGGAGAGGAGCCAGACAGGACAUGCAGGAAUUACGUAUGCACAGAGGGACUGAGCACAGGCUGUGGUUACCCUCUGUGGACAUGUGAAAACAUAGAUCAGAAAGAAUCCCUUGAACUGGCCAGCAAAGCCCAGCACCUCCUCACUCUGCUGCUCUGGGAUGCAGGGAUAGAAGCAAAGGGCAAAAAAGCUGCAGUGCCUGAGACUUUUUUUUGUAAAAAAAAGGCCAAAGAAACCUCUGCUCCCAAAUGUGCUUCUACAAUAUGAAUAAGAAAGGAAGUGCCUGAAGGGGCAGUAACAGCCUUUAAAUCCCUUUUGGGCAACAAGGAGGAAAAGAGAUGACACACAAACCUUACCAGGAAGCUUUAGCAGUAGCACAUGUCCUCAAUCAAUGAUCUUUGUCAAGACAUUGCCUUUUAGAAGAUUCAACAGCCAUAGGAAAAACUCUAAACUCAGGAAAAGAUGGAGAGGAUUAAGACCUGGACUGUCUGGUCCAGCCCCUUGUCCAGAGGAGUACACUAGAGGUAAAUGGUUAUUUUCCUGUGGUGCCAUUUAUUUAGACUUGUGUGGAGAGAAGAAGAGCAGGAUUCUGCCAUACGUGAGAGAGCAGAGAAGACAAAUAAAACCAGACUUUGAAGGACCACCAGUCCCUCCCUCUUUUUUUUUAAUGCAAAUGUGAAUUAAUUUAGAUUAUUUUCUUCCAGUCACAAGACCCAGAAGCAGAAACCAGCAGGGCCCGUGUGUACCAGUGAGACCAGUUCUCAGUGAUGUCAGCCAUCCAUCCCUCUGCAGGGCGCUGGAGGGCAACAGCGUGUUGGGGCAAGGUCCUCAGGUGCUGAGCUUCUCCUGCUGCUCUCACAGACAUAAGGAUUGACAGAAACAGAGCCAGGCAAUGCAUUCAACAGGAAUAGUCCUAUUGGAAAACCAUUCCCAUGACUGUGACUGUGAUUCUGUUGUACAUUAUGGACACCUUGUAGGAGAGAGACGCUUUUGUAGCUUGAUUUUAUCCUGUGUCACCAUUUUGACUGCUGAAGGCUCACGUCUAUGACUGUGGGAGGAAGUGUGAUAUUAUUUUGCACUAAUUUCUCCUUGCAGCCACUCAGCUACAACAGGAGCAGCAGGGAUGUGAAGACUCUUAAGAAUGCAGAGUCCCUGCUCGGUGCUCAUCUGCACUGACCUCGUAUGCCGAGGUCACUGGAAUCCCGGUGACCCAGCACAGUCAGUCACACUCCUGCCACCAGGCUGCCCUGUUCCCCUCUCAUCCAGCUGCUUCUCUCAGAUCCCCUUGCUGGCUGUCAGCAGUUGCCUCCCUCAUUACCAGCUCUAAUUGGCUGCAGCUUCUCUCCAGAGCAGAAGGAAACUGCCCCUGUACACACCCCAUGGUGACAGUGACCACCUCGGCUGACACAGAACACCUGGAGAACCUACAACCCUGAGGGACCAAAUCCCUUGUGGGCAGAGAAUAUUGGGGGGGGAGCAUCAAGUAAGGGCCUGUUCUUGGAAGAGCCCUGCUGCUGUGCCUGUGGGCAGAACCUGCUUUUGGGAAUGCCUGGAUGCAAUACCUUCCCUGCUGCCACAGGGGCAGAGAGAGCUCAGUGACCUGUGACACUGCACUGGUCACAGCAGUGCUCUGGGGUAAACAGCACACUUACACAGAAAGGCCCAGAGCUCCCAGAGCAAAGCCAUGGCUUUUCUCAGAGCAAGAUACUACAAGCUUACUCCACUGCUGCUGGCUGAGAGAACUCUCUGCUGCCUGUGCCUCUGCUCCUCAGGGCUCCUGCAAAGGAACUGCUGAACGUGCAAAACACAAACGAGUUCUGCAGCAUUAAAUGAGGAGCUGUUACCCAGCCACCCCCAGACAGCACCAUCCCAGCCAGGUGUGGGCAGGGCUGGCUCUCCUUGGGAAGAAGGGGCUGUUGCAGGGGAAGCCGGAACUUUUUAUCACUUUACAAACUCGGCCAACAUCGCAGAGUUGGGGCACCGAGAUGGGAAAAUCAGGUCAUACAUAAAUUAGAAACAAUUAAGGGGAAGGAGAUAAGCCACUUCUCCAGGACAAAACAGCACUUCUCAAGGACACUGUGGUUUUUGCCCCACGGUGCUCUAAGUGUACAUGAAACUGGUUACGAGGCAGAUUGCUGGGGAUGAAACAGGGAGCCCAAAGUAGAAUCCUUUCUUAGGAAACAGUUACAGUAACAAGGACCUUAAAAUUGAUAGAUUUCUUUAUCACACAUAAAGCUCACAGAUUCUUCAUUUGAGUUCCCAACAGACUAAAGGAAGAGGAGAGCUGUUCUGGGCUGCUACAAUUAAAUACACACAGGUGAGAAAUACUUAACUCCUGGGGAGCACAGACAUGAGACACAUCCUUUCUGUCCCAUCCCUCACCAGGAAUGAUGAGCUGCCUGGAGUCUGGCUCCCCCUUGGAAGCAUCUACCUCACAGAACAGCAGGACAGGGCUCAUCACUCCAUUUCACACAAGUCCAAAAAAAACCCCGGAAGUGCCAUUUCAGCCUUCCGUGUUUAAGCAAGCAAGUUUUACAGGACUCAGCUGAACCUGCUGCAGUACUGCUUUCACAGCACAACAGUCUGCUCCACCAGUCUCUUCUGACAGUGUUAGCUGUUAGGAAAAAAGGACAGACAUAUUUUGAUUUUAAAUUAAAACUUUGUUUUGCCCAAGUUGAGAGCCCUCAACACAGAUCACACAUUCAGGUUAUGUAGGGAAGUUGGAAAGCAUGGAAAACACCGAAUUUGAAAGACAUCCUGAGGUAAAAAACCCAAUUGCCUGUAAGAAUAACAGGAAGAAGACAUGGAAUAGAGGUAAGAAAAUGCGACAGCGCUGUAACUUGAAUGAAAAAUGGAGUUAAUUACCAUUUACUUAAAAAAUUAAUUUCAAAUUCUACUCACUCACUACUUGUAUAAAAAGAAAAAUACUUGGGAGCCUUCCCUCCACUUCCCCCUCCAAAGAGGUCAUUCUAAGCAGGGGAAGCCACUCAACCCUCAGUAUGUGUUUCCUGAUUCCCUCAGUGAGCGCUUCCCCUUCUCUCACGGAACCCUCUGUGCUCCCAGGCAGUGCCCCGUGCCCUCACACCGGCUGGGUGAGGCUGUGACGACUGCCCUGGGUGCCCCAACAGGCCAGUACUGACACAGGGUGACCUGCUUCCACUUCUCACACUUUCUGCCCACACAGACUGGCCACACACCCCAGGCCAUUUUGGAACUCCUCAUGUUUGCAAGGUUAAGUGUGACCUUAGGGAAAUUUCAGAAUACAAACAAGUGCCAUUUCUAAGCUGACUAUUCCCAGUCACAGCAGAAAACUGACUCCAGACUGUCAGCAGAUUUGUACAGUACAAUUCUGGUCCGGAUUCUGACAACUAUGCUAUAAAUAUGCUCCAGUCUA